CUUGGCGAGGACGGUGAUUAGCUGGCAAAUCUCAAAGGUCAUUUACACAAUCCAGAUAUAAAGCCCGAUACGGUGGGGACAGACAUUAAAUCUUUCUGCGCGUUGCCUUCUCCUUACAGUUAGCAACCAAAUGAAGUCUUCAGCGCACUGGAUUGAACAUUUUGAAACUUUUAUUAUUUUUCGAAAUAUGAAGGAGAAAAUAUCACCGGAAGAGCCGAUGCAAAAGCAUCUCGGAACCUCCCCGGCAUUAUUUAUACGUCUGCAAUAAAAGUACCAUGGGGAAUUCAACGGAAAUACUGUUUUUUCUACAACGACUGAAUGAGACAGAGUCAAGCCAACACACAUAUUUUAUCCUCAUUCUUCUUGUUUACCUUUUUACGCUUUUAGCGAACCUGACUUUGAUUGGGACAGUUGUUUUGGAGAAAACGCUCCAUGAGCCCAUGCUUGUAUUCGUGUGUAACUUGUGUGUAAAUGGUAUACUUGGUGCCUCUAUAUUUUAUCCUAAAAUAUUGGUGGACCUUUCAUUCGACUUGAGUAUUAUUUCGUAUAAAGCUUGUCUGGGUCAAAUUUUUGUAUUAUACAGCUAUCUAUUCUGCGAAUAUACUACGUUAGCAAUAAUGGCUUAUGACAGGUAUAUCGCGAUAUGCAAGCCGCUCAAUUACCACUCCAUCAUCACGCCUCGGAAGGUGACGCAAUUAUUGCUUUUUACCUGGAUUUCAUCUAUCUGUGAAGCAGUUGUCGUGGCGGCCCUGGUAGCCAGACUGCCCCUCUGUGGAUUCAAUAUCGAGAAGAUUUACUGCACAGCCUGGGCCGUGGUAAAGCUGUCAUGCGUGGACACCACUAUCAACAACAUAUAUGGGUACAUUCUCAUGUGUUCUUAUAUUUCACAAGCAGUGCUGAUCGUGAUUUCCUAUAUUCAAAUCGUCAGAGCAUGUGUGCGAUCGAAGAAAGAAAGGAGUAAGUUCAUGCAGACCUGUUUACCCCAUUUAAUCGUACUGACCAACAACUUCAUCGCACUCGCUUUUGACCUCAUGUACACUCGCUAUGGUCCCACCGACCGUCUGCAGGCUCUCCGCAAUUUCAUGUCCCUGGACUACCUCGUUGUUCCACCGCUCCUAAAUCCCCUCAUUUAUGGCCUGAGACUGAAUCAGAUCCGCCGGAGAAUUUUUAGAAUAUGCAGCCAGAAAAGACAUGCUCUAAAGUGAAUGUCUGUACUUUGUUCAGCCAGGGAAAUCAAUAUGUCGGCUACAAAUGUAUUUAUAAAAAUUACAACAAUAUAAUUAUCUCUGAACAGAUUAACUAAAGGAUUCAAAGAUGCAGCACAGUUUUAGACAUUCCCGGGAGUAAUAUAACCUUCUCUUAUGUUCUAGUGGCCUUGUUUGGUUUGCAUUAUUUUUAGUUUCACGCAAAACCAAACAAGGCCACUAGAACAUAAGAGAAGGUUAUAUUACAAACUGGAAUGACUCUCUUUUUCCGCCCGUGUUGAGACUGCUAUUCAUAUUUAAAAGAGUAAAAAAUGUAGAUUACAUUUUAAGUUGCAGUGAUAAAAAUAAAAUGCAUAAUGUUUCUCCAAAAGUAGUCAGUUUCUUAGAUAUGUACAAAAACAUAAUGGAAAUAAAUAUGUAGAACAAUGUUUUUAAUGAGGUCCAUUAUUUAAAUUUUUGAAUUCUGGACACUUCAAGGCCACGUGAGGUAAUCAGCAGAAUGUUGUGUUUAAAGAUCACAGUGGUGAGAAGUUAUUGGUGGACACUGUGGGGAUUCGGAUUGUUGCCAAUAAAAGAUGGAUGUAUCAGACAGUUCAGGGUUCUCUUGGGCUGCCUAUGAGGAGCUCCCCCAGUGUGCUCAUUGGUCAAUAAAUGUCACUAAUUGAACCUGCCAUUGCCAUCUCAUCCUUGGGGUCCCCAGAAAAAGAAAGGGUAAUGGUAAGCAUGGGAUGUUUCUUCU